UUUUAUGGGCAGCAGUAGUGGGAGUAGUAGAGAGGUUUCAGAAAUGCAGAUUUAAUUCUGAUUUAGAGUUUCUCUCUGUCCCGGUGCUCGCCAGCCAAAUAAUCCUUAUUAUUGCAAUAUUUGUUCCCGAGUGGCAGGAUAACGCUGCACGUUGCUGCCUAAUCCCCGAGAGUGACUUGAAUCAGAGAGAUCGAAGAUCCAUUUGUUGCCUCACAACCAUCCUGGUUGAGGUUCGUACAUUAUGGGGGACAAUGAGGAUUUUGAUGCUGCAGAUGCUCCAAAUGUUCAGAGCAGCCUUUCAGACUCCUCUCUGGAGAACAGUGUCACUCAAGAUGACUACCCGCUUCCCACCACUGCACGGUCUCCAACCUGCGCCCGCUGCCGUAAUCAUGGCAUCAGGGUGCCAUUGAAAGGCCACAAGAACUGUUGCCAAUUCAUGGACUGCCAGUGUGACAAAUGCAUCCUUAUUCUGCAGAGACGCCGGAUCAUGGCUGCCCAAGUGGCUCUUCGUAGACAACAGGAGAUAGAGCUGAAAAAGCAACUUGGCGAUGGUUUUCUCCAGCCUCAGGACAGUGGGCCACCCAACUCCCUCCUCUUAGUCAAACCGCUGAAAGCGAUUAAACCAUGCAGGGGAGGGACAGAGAAAAAGGAAAAUGAAGAACCCUUGAUUGAGGCGGAAGAUGGGCUCCGGGGAGCUUCAGGACUCCUGCGAAGACAAAGGCGGAGAACUGCAAGGAAGGAAAAUUCCUGGUUGCCUCUGUCUCCCUGUUCAAAAGUCAGUGAGCUGCCCUGGGCCCUUGGAGGACAUCAAGCCUCUCCUUCUUGGUUCCCACCUCCUCUUGCAAUGCCCCCGAGUUCUUUCUCUCCUUUUCUGCCUCCGGAACAUCCCUUUAAUCUUCCACCUAUGGAAGGUUGCAACGGAAAUGAAGCUUUAUACACGCCAGAGAGUUACCUGUCUGCUCCAGGGCAAAUGUUUCAUCACGUGCCUGGUGCUCCCUGGUGCCUCCCUCCACCUGCUGACCUAUCGAGCCGCAUGGCUCUGAACCCCAUCAGUGGCAACAUGGAUUUGAGCCGCCGUUCGAAGGCCCCACCGCUGGGAAGUCAGCCCAACCCCUCUGCUCAUCUUUCAGUCUGGCCCACCAGAGGAUUCUUCUUCUCGCCCCUUUCUGAGCAACAGCUCCAGAAAGAGGCCGCCGAAGCCCUGAUGGUGUUACGAAACGCCCCCCAGUCUAGCCCCAUGCUUUCCCCUUCAGGCCUUCUGCCCUCUGCCAACAGCGUCUCUGCCCUCAUGGGCCCCCCGAGUUUCUCCCACCCUGUGGAAGCCAUUCCCAGCCCUGCCAUCCCCAGUCCUUUCCAGCCACACCCCUCCUACUUCAUGCCUCCCUACGUUCCGCAGGCUGUCAAGGCCGCUCGGGACAUCGCCUUGAAGCGAGCCCAGGGAGCCCCAGAACCGGUCAGUGCUCACGCCGAACAAGUUUCCGGGCCUUUCUUCUUCCCCCUGUUCCACGGUAGCCCUAUUCCCCAGCAGUACAAAAACGUCCGUCUGUUCUCAGUGGCUCCAUCUCGGGGGGCUCAAGUCGCGACCUCUCUAAUGGUUUCCAGCAUCCAGCCCGUCAAACCUAACCUGGGUGGGGCUUCCAGUUACAGCCACUACCAUUUUGCCCCCAACUUGAGAACUUACCACAGCGCCUCGGGCUCCGUGCAGAAGACGGUCUGCUUGCCCCAAAGCAUGGAGGCCGGCUGGAUUUCCGAGACCAGCGUGGAAGUCCUCGCCCCAGCUGGCUCCGCCCCUGGCAAUCCGCCCCUGCUGCCUUUCUGCGUCUCACCCCUGGAUGUCUCGGUCGCCAUGCCCUUCCAAGCAGGGUCCCCCGUUGGGAUGGAUCUGCACAUGCUCCCUCCCACUUUGUCUCUGCUGAACCCCGGCCCCUGCCUUCUCGCUCAGCCCUCUUUCCCAGACCCAAUGCUUUUCCCAGGGCAGAUGUCUCCGCAGUGCCAACCCCCGCCGUUCCAAGAAGGAAGGUGUUCCAGCAGAAGUCCCAAAGAAGACGAGCAGGGCGAGAGCCUUAAGGCUCCUGGCAGCAAGAAUGGAAAAGAUUCCACUGAAGCAGGGCCCAACUGCCUGACACCCAAACAAGUGCCCAGCCAGUCUGCUCAGCAAGUCUCAGAAAAUGCCCAGCAACCAAGCCAGCUUCCCCGAGCUGACAGCUUCCCUUCGGUGUCUUUUAGCAUCGGCCAGAUGGGCUCCAUCUCCCUUCCCAGUUAGUCUUCCGAUUGGAAAGGAAAGGACAAGGCUGGCCAGACUUCCAACUGCAUCUGCAGAAUUCUAAGGGGGAGGUUUCCGUUAAUUAAGGUCCCAUUCCAGGCCAGGAGUCUUUGAAAAGGAGAGGGGGGCUUCUCAAGGUUGCAACCUUGGCAUGUUUUUCAUUCUACUCGCAAUUGGCAGUUAUUGCAAUUGCUGGUACAUUUCUUGGUGUAACACACUAAAUCCAGAUCAUUUAACGUGGUCCAUUCAUUUUUGACUAGUUCUGUGCCUGGUGGAAGGCAAGAGUUUCUUUGACUUGAACAACGGUUAUAUUUUAGACAACAGCCAGUUUACUUUUAGUAACAAAAGUUUGUGCGUAUUCCUUUUUGGAAAGGGUGUUUUCCAUCGUUCUCUCGAAUCAUAGAGAUAUGAUUUAUAAGCAAAAAUAGGCUUAGCGUUUCCUGAGAAUUUGACCUGCUUACGGGAUCUUGCAUAUGAUUGAUUCAGGAGAAGAGACAUGCGUUGAAUUCAUGAUCCAAAA